CUUCAGCAACUCUAUAUUUAUGGUUUCCAUCUACUAGUAGUUUCUGUAAAUCAUAACUCUUAUUCCUCCUCAUCCACUACUUUUUUUUUCCCCUUCACGUAGCUGUUACUAUAUUUAGUAGCUUUCUAUUUUCAUCUUUUGUUUUAAUUCCCCAGCUUAAUUCUACUUCGUUUCAUGGCUAACUUCAGCUUCAUCCUAGGCAUAAUUGGGAAUGUCAUCUCCAUACUUAUGUUCGCUGCUCCAAUAAAAACAUUCAAAAGGAUAAUAAAGAAGAAAUCAACAGAGGAUUUUAAAGGGAUACCAUAUAUCACAACACUAUUGAGCACAAGUUUGUGGACAUUUUAUGGUUUGCUAAAACCUGGAGGUUUGCUAGUGGUCACAGUCAAUGGUACUGGUGCAACCUUGCACGUCCUAUAUGUCACUCUCUUUCUCAUUUACGCUCCUAAAGCUCUCAAGAUUCAAUCAAUGAAAAUGGUGGCAAUAAUAGAUGUAGCAUUCUUUGGAGUUGUAGUAGCAAUCACUUUACUAGCUUUACACGGAACCACUCGGCUCACAUUUGUAGGAAUUUUGUGCGCUGGUUUGAAUAUUGGCAUGUAUGCGUCACCUCUAGCAGUUACGAGGACAGUGAUAAAGAUGAAGAGUGUGGAGUACAUGCCAUUUUUCCUUUCUUUCUUCCAGUUCCUUAAUGGAGGGGCAUGGACUGCUUAUGCAGUGCUUGUCAAAGAUUAUUAUAUUGGGGUGCCAAAUGGGGUAGGCUUCAUAUUGGGCGCAGCCCAACUAAUACUGUACUUCAUCUACUACAAAUCAACCCCAACAAAAUCCACAGAGGAAAAAGGGUCAGCCCAUUUGGUGAAAAGAGGAGGAAUCCAAAUGAAAGAUGUUGAUGGAGACCAUGUCCAUGAGAAUGAGAAUAGUCGAAAUCUUCACAAAGUGAAAAGCCUUCCCAAGCCAUCUUUAGUUCGUCAAUAUAGUGAGAAACUAACGAAGACACUCUCUAAUAACCCAUCUUCAUUGGCCUCACAAAAUCAAGAUGAUAUUGAAAAAGGCCUCAAAGAAGCACAAUAAAUUUCUAAUCUUAGGAUGUUGUUAUUGACGAACACCUGUUAGGACUUGUAGUACUUAAACUUAUAUUUAUGUUUUUUUCUCUUGACAGUAUAGGCCCUAAUAUUAUUUUUUCCCUGUUGGGCCUUAUUUAUAAGAAGAUGUUGUAAAUCUGAGCUGCUUUUUUUGGGGUGCCUUGAAAUAAGAUUAUACACUAAAUUUUGAUGUGUAGUCUGUUGAUGAGAAUUUUCCAAUUUUGGAGAAUAAAAUGGGGUAUUUUCAGUGUUUGCACUUGGUAAAA